AUGAAAUAUUUGUAUUUUUCUUUCCCAGGUUCAGCACAGAUAAUGUUUCAAAAAAUUAAAUCUGUAGAGUUCAACUCUUGCAACAAAACCAUUCUCAUUCCAUGCUACAUUUCCAAUAUUGAGGCAGAAAGGAUUAACGACUUGUAUUUACAAUGGAAAUUUAAAGAAAGGGCCAUUUUAAUAUUUGAUGGAGCUUUAAACAAAUCCACCAAAAAUGACAAGUUUCUGAGUGCAGAAAUUGACUCCUCAGAAUUUCUGAAAGGAAAUGCUUCUCUGAAGUUGAAUAAGGAGGACGCUAAAGUGGGAAAUUACACAUGUGAAGUGACAGAAUUAAGCAGAGAAGGUAUAACAACCGUAGAGCUAAAAUACCGUAAUGCGUCUUGGUUUUAUUUAAGUAAAAAUAUUUUCAUUGUUAUUUUCCCAUUUUUGGCCAUUCUUCUGUUUUGGGCACAAUUUGGUAUUUUAUUACAAAAAUAUAAAUCCAACCCUAUGAAUAAGAAAAUGAUUUUUUUAACUGCUGCUGGACUGUUGGUCACCAUAGUUGUCAUUAUUGGAGCCAUUCUCUUCAUCCCAUGUGAGAUGCACAGGUACUGUGGUGGGUGCAGGGCUGAUGUGAGGAAGCAUCCCAGGUCAAAUAAGGUUUUGAGGACAAAAAGUAGGAAUAUAACCAGGGCCACCCCCAAGUCUGCUAUCGAAGCUAACUUCAUUGGCCAGGAUGUGGAAGCAGACACUGACAUGGGAACCAUGUCUGUCUGA